AAGAGCCCCUCACCAAAUUGAGAAAUGUCUCCACCCUGCUGUGUUCGAUAACCUGGGCAAGUGUCCUGGCAACACAUUAUAAACAGGUGCAGCAGCAUGUAUUGGUUAGUGACGUCUGCUGCUCGCAUCCUGUUGUAGGUUGGCAUGUAAAAUAACCAUAAGACGUACUAAGAUGACCGGAGAUGCCCCCGUUAUUGCCACCACCACUACCACAACUGUUGCUGAAACCGCCGGCAAAGCCAUUGCCACCUCAUUCACCACAGACAUCACCUCCACUGUCACCACCACCACCACCACCACAGACAGCACUACCACAGUCACCACCACCACAGAUAACACACCCACAGUCGACGCUACCAUAAAUAGCACCUUCACAAUCGCCACAGCCCCGGCCAACCUUUCCACAGCCAUCACAAUAACAAAUGAGAAAAUGUCGAUGGAGGAGGGUCAUGGUGGUGAUGAUAGAGUAAAGUGGGGCAGCAAGCUACAGUUCUUUUGUUACUGUCUGAGCUACGCUGUAGGCUUCGGCAACGUCUGGAGGUUCCCUUAUCUGUGCUACAAAAAUGGUGGAGCGGCGUUUCUGAUCCCCUAUACUACUAUGUUGCUGUGUGUCGGCCUUCCUAUCUUCUUUAUGGAACUGGCCCUCGGCCAGUACGUCAGCCUCGGGCCAGGAAGACUCUUCCCGAAGAUGGCGCCCAUAUUCUCAGGCUUAGGGUGGGGUAUGGUGAUGCUUUCUCUACUGACGGCCAUCUACUUCAAUGUAAUUAUAGCGUGGACAUUCUUCUACACCGUGGCCUCCUUCUCCUCGCAACUUCCUUGGGCACGCUGUGACAACUACUUCAACUCUCCUGAGUGCUUCACUGAGGAGGACGCGAGCGUAUGUAAGAACAACUCGCUGUACUACUACAACAGAACCUGCCUCGACACCCACGAAUACUGUAGCUUGGCCUCCCUCAGCGACUACAACGAUACCCACUGCUACAGUCCCGAAAACCACGACGUUAUUAGGGAAGCUGACGGCGCCGUUUAUCGGAUGAGUGCCAGUGAGGACUUCUUUAGGAACCGCAUGCUGGCAGUUGGUGGGAGGCACUGGGAGGACAUGGGAGGGAUGCGUUGGGAAUUAUUUGGCUACCUGGCUCUGUCCUGGGUUAUCGUGGCUGCCUGCCUGGCCAAAGGUGUCAAGACAACCGGCAAAAUAACUUACUUCACUGCUUUCUUUCCAUACGUCGUCCUUUUCAUCCUGUUUAUCAGAGCCAUCACUCUAGACGGGGCCUAUCAGGGAAUCCAGUUUUACCUGCUCGAGCCUAAUAUCUCCCAACUCAUGGAGAUGGAGGUAUGGAGUGACGCUGCUAUACAGAUCUGCUUCUCUCUCGGGAUCUGCUUUGGUUGUCUUUCUACGCUCGCCUCCUAUAACAAGUUCAACAACAACUGCAUGAGGGACGCUAUCGUCAUCUCUUUCUCAAACUGCUUGACGUCGAUAUUCGUUGGAUUCGUCACGUUCAGCGUGCUGGGCUUCCUGGCAAAGCAGCUUGGGGUAGAGGUGAAGGAUGUAGCCACGUCUGGCUCUGGUCUGGCCUUUGUGGUGUACCCGGCCGCUCUCAGCCUCAUGCCCUUACCUCAACUCUGGUCUGUCCUCUUCUUCCUCAUGCUCAUGAGUCUUGGAUUCGGCUCACAAUUUACUAUGGUGGAGACGGUAACGACAGCCCUGGCGGACCAGUUUGAGUGGAUGCGACAGAGAAAAACACUGGUGGUGGUGACAACCUGCGUCAUCAUCUUCCUAAUGGGGCUCACUAUGUGCUUGGAGGGCGGCAUCUUCAUGUUUGAGCUCUUCUUUUUCUACUCCGCCGGCGUCUCCGUCAUUGUGCUGGGUAUACUGCAGCUGCUUGGUGUCCAGUACGUCUACGGAUUCUCGAAGCUGAUGAGAAACCUGAGGGAAAUGGGAAUGCGUCUGACAUGUCCAGUCUACUGGUACUGGUGCUCUAUGUGGUUGGUCGUCACCCCUGGAGCGCUACUUAUGAUUAUUUUCUUCAGCGUGUACUUCUACGUGCCAGCUUUCUGGGGCGACUACGUCUUUCCCCACAACGUUCAGGUUCUGGGUUGGCUCCUGUGCGCUUUUUCUGUGGCCUGCUUCCCCAUCGGCGCCGUGUAUGCCAUCUGCACACACAAGAAAGACUUCAAGAAUCUUUUCCAUACGUCACCAGAGUUCUGCCCUGCAAGCGCGAGGCAGCUCCUGAAGAUAGGGGAGGAGCCAGCAAGCACCUUCCGGCACACCAGAGACAACGAGGCGUUUGCACCUGACGAUGAACUGUGAUAGGCUACUGCAUUGCGACCUCUGGGGUGCUGGACCGAGUAUACACGUGAUGUGACAGAAUUAUCUACACGCAAAGCAAUGGUUUCUUGUGCCGUUGUUUUAAGGAUCAGUAGAUUCUUGUGUUCUGAAUGAAGGGAAUGUACGUUAUUCGUGUAGUGGAUAGUGAGUAGGGUAAUGUUGCUAGUAGAUAGAUGCUUUGUAUUUGGUAAGAAUGUUCGAGUACAUAAAUCUGCAGUAUUUGCCUCUAGCGAAUUAGUUAUAAGCUGUAACCUGGGAAGUUGUUACCACUGGCAUGUUUUGAUAGUGUUGGUAACAUCUUGUCUCUCAUAAGCUUAACGAAAAUGACUGUACUAUUCUUUCGUAUACAGCAGGACAUUUUAGUCCCUCAUUCAAGUUAAUGACUAUUGCAAAGUGUUCUCUUGGCCUAUUUGUGGAUAACCUCAUGCCGGUUUUUGCCUAUUUAAUUCUCACAGAAUGAAGUGAGGCUCGAACCCAUGGCAAGCCAAUCCUAAAACUAGCAAGCCAGUGUGUUAUCCACUGUACUAUGCCGGCCAAUAAGAUUCAUCUAAGUGUAUUUCUGUAUACACUAAGGAAGCGUUCAAACCCUACUGUUCAGGGAUUUUUUUACAUCGUGUCAUUACGAUUUCGAGACCAACACAGUAUAUACUGCGUGAGGUGUGUACAUAUAUAUAUAUAUUAUAUAUAUAUUAUAUAAUAUAUAUAUAUAAUGUGUGUGUGAGUGUGUGUGUGUGUGUUUGUGUGUGUGUGUGUGUGUGUGUGUGUGUGUGUGUGUGUGUGUUUG